AUGGCCAUGGUGACUCUGUCAUCAGACAGUGAUUGUGAAGACUCAGUAAUCAAUGAGCCUCUGCUGUGCUUCCAGGAAAUCUGCAUUGAAAAGGCUGCAGGAGAGAAGCUGGGCAUCAGCAUCCGGGGUGGAGCAAAGGGCCACGCUGGAAAUCCGUUUGAUCCCACUGAUGAAGGAAUCUUCAUCUCCAAGGUGAGCUCCUCGGGGGCUGCAGCCCGGGAUGGCCGUCUCAAGGUGGGGAUGAGGAUCCUGGAGGUGAACCACCAGAGCCUGCUGGGGAUGACACACACCGAGGCCGUGCAGAUCCUGCGAGGAGUGGGUGAUGCUCUCCUGGUGCUGGUCUGUGAUGGCUUUGACCCCAAAGCUGCAGCUGCCAUUGAGAUGUCCCCAGGAAUCAUUGCAAACCCCUUUGCUGCUGGCAUUGGGCGCAAGAACAGCCUGGAGAGUAUCUCGUCCAUCGACCGGGAUUUGAGCCCUGAGGAGCUGGAGAUGCUGCAGAAGGAGAUGGAAAUGGUGAGAGAAGYCACUCAGUGGGAGAGAGAAGAAAUGGAGAAAGUGGAGCGGAUGCGUAGGGAGCAGGAGGCAGCCACGCAGCAGCUUCAGGAGGAAGUGGAGAACGUCCCCAGUGAACCCCUGCGCCUGGACUACCGGACCCUGGCGGCGCUGCCCAGCAGUGGACUGCAGAGAGGGAACCGAUCUGUGAGUGGGAAUGGGGGAUCAUUGCAGGGUGGGCAGAGAGGGAACCGAUCUGAACCCCUGCAGGAGCCACCAGAGUGUCUGAUCGACUCGCAGCCCAUCCCGUUCAGUCAGAACCCCUUCGUGGUGGCCAACCGCAGGGGCAAGGCCAGGGGCACGGCCGGCCUGGGGGGGCCCCCCCUGGGCUAUGGCAGCGRGGGGGUGCUGAAGACCAGCCUGUACUGCAAG